AUGAUGCAGGAAGAUAAGCGGUGCGAGCACAUGAAGAGAAUGAAAUGGACCAAAGAUGAAGAUCUUCUACUUCAGAAAGCUAUUGAAACAAUCGGUGGCUUGAAAUGGGAGAGAAUAUCUCAAUUAGUCGGCACCAGAAGUGGAAACCAGUGUAGAGAGCGCUGGUAUUCAUUUUUAAAACCCGAUAUAUUAAAUAAUCCAUGGAGUAAAGAAGAUGAUAAAUUACUGAUGAAGCUUCACCAUAAAUACGGUAAUAAAUGGACGUCCAUAUGCGGUUCAUUUACAGGUAGAAGCGUUUCCAAUAUUAAAAAUAGAUGGAGAACGUUAACGAGAAAUAAAAAAUCUACUCCAAGAAAAUCCCAAACUGUUGUUCCUACUUUGUCAAUGAAUUUUGACGUUAGUAGUAUUAUUACUCCUAAUUUGGAAUUAUUCCCUUCGUUUGAUACAAACGAAAAGGACUUUUCAUCAGAUGAAUAUUUUGAUAUAUUCACAAAUUUUGAUAUUUAA